GUCAACUAUGCGCCACGACUUGACAACACAGCACGAGUUUCACCUUGUUGUGAACCUAGUUGGACACGAAGAUAACAGCCGCAACAACACCAUCGACCUGAGAUGCCAAAAUAUUGUUCGGCCCCAAACUGUAAGAAUGACUCCGGGAGCGGCAGCGACAGGAAAAGCUUCUACAAGUUCCCUCUACAGGACCCGGUCCGGCUGCAGCAGUGGCUGAGGAACAUGGGACGUGAGAACUGGACUCCCUCUCGCCACCAAUAUAUUUGCCACGAACAUUUUGCACCUUCGUGCUUCAAGGUGCGAUGGGGGAUCCGUUACCUUGAGAGCGAUGCUGUGCCCAAUGUCUUCCAGGAGGCAGAGAAACGGAAAGCCACAGAUCACAUUGAGAAGAAGCCAAAACGGCUUCGAGUUAAGAGCAAUCAAAGCAUAACGGUGUCACAUGACAGCGCGGUGGCUGCUGACGCUGCAGAGAUGCAUACGGUACACCUGUAUGAGAUCACUGUCGACCCAUCGCAGCAGGGAGAAACCAGCCUGGUGGAGUCGAGUGAUGUUGUAGGAUCCGACUGUUCUCUCCAGACAGACCGGAACCCGCUGGCGUCAAGAUUUAAAAUGGAGACGAAUUUCCCUCUAACUUUAUUCCAGACAGUAGAUGAUCUAAGUAACAGUGGCGAGAACACAGAGGUGGUGGUGAUGUCUGAGUGCCCUGCUGGUGAAGGGCAAGAUGAGCUUGUGAAUGGAAUCACUGCUGCCAUUUUAUCUCACGGCCACGGGCUGGCCAUGAAUGACGCCACACUUUGCUGUACAGAUGAAGCAGUGGCCUCUCACGCUGUUGAAGAUGUGACUUGCACCACAGAGCAGUUCUCAGACGUCCAGGAAGGCCAUGAAACUCAAGUCAUCGCCUACUUUGAGACGAUACCAAACGUUUUCCCCAGUGAAACCCCUACCCAGUUUACCUUCUCCCCGGAUACAGUGCUGUCAUCUGCUCUGAGCUCCAAGCCCAUCUCAUCUACUCUGCCUAUAGUGUCCAAACACAUUUCACCUUCCCCCACGUCCCUGGUCCUCACUUUGGAAAGACUGGAUACAGAGGAGGGAGACGACAGCCAGUCAGAGGAGGACGGCAUAGAACAGCAGGAUCACCAGCUGGAGGAGCACUGUUACCAUAAGAACAGUUUGAGUAAGGAGCAGCUGGAGGCGAUUGUGGCUGAGCUGCAGAAGAAGGUGAAAGUGCUGCAGCAGCGACACCGCCGACACCUGGAGAAACUUACGGGACUGGAGAACACGGUCAGCCAGCUGAGACAGAGCAACCUGCUGAAUGAAGAGCGACUACAGCUGCUUGAGAGGGCUUACAUACAGACCAGUGCAGCAGUGUCAGAUGCUGGUGAGACUGUGGCCAUAAUCUAUGAAGAGGAUGAUGCUGCGUACUUUUAUACUCCAGUGAACAAUACCGAUGAAAAGCUGUGAGGCCCUACUGAAUGUGUGUCUGUCAGCUGCCCACUGUGCCAAAAAGUGACAUGGCUAAUACUGUUGAAAACAAAAUGCUACCUAAUUGUGUGUUUGUUUCAAGGUUUUCUUUAACAAAAUUAGAUCUGUGUAUGAAAUGUGGCUGUGAGCCUUGCACAAAUAUGGAUGAGUAAUAUGGGACAAUGUUGAAUGUCUUUUUUUUUUUUCUUUUAAGGUUACACCCUCCUUUCAUUCCUCCAAUCACUUUUUCUUUGACUUUCUUUGAAAUAUUUCUGUUGGUGAUAAUGUUCAUAUCAAAUUAAAAAAUAACUUCAAUUUA